CUUCGCCGUAAUUAAGAACUUCCAAAGUUUCCAUAUUUAUAACGCAUUGGUUUUGCACUUUGAUCAUAAUCACAUUAUCCUUAAGGCACUCGAGUUAAGAACCAGCUGCUUCAUCAAGCAAUGUCAUCUCCACCAGGCCCCAUUCACUUUUUCCAGAUUGUUAAUGAAACCAGCCUUCAAAAUGGUGAAUUGAGGAUUCGCAGAAGUUUUGUAAGUGAACAUUGGCAAGGAAUAUCAAGCCCGGUAUUACUUGUGCUUCCUAAUGGUUCCGAAUGGAAGAUGGACUGGGAAAAGCGUGAUGCUGAUGUUUGCUUUGUUCAAGGUUGGAAGAAAUUUGCAGAGUUUUAUUCUUUGGAAAAGGAGCAGGUUUUGAUGUUCAAGUAUGAAGGAAAGUCACGGUUCAAUGUUAUAAUACUCGGUCGGAGUGGCUUGGAAAGGGAGUAUCCUUUGUUGAAUGGAACUCUUGAAGCUGAAGGGAGUGGUAACUCUAAAAGGCCAAACUCUCUGUUGCGAAAUUCUCCUAAGAAGAGAAGAACCAACACAGAAGAAGAAGCUAGAUUCAAUGCAUGUUCUCAUAAUGCAAGGCCAAGAGACAGAGAUGGAAGGAGAAUCUUCUCAAAAUCUGAGGCUUCUAACAACGUGGAGGCACCAAAACAUGCUGAAAGUAGUAGUGCUUUGGAGAGAGCCUGGGCCUUCAGUUCUCUGAAUCCUUGGUUCUAUCGCAGAAUGAGACCAGCGUACAUCAAUAACUAUCUUCUGUUCAGAGCAGAAGAUUAUGUAACAGAAGAAGAAAGAAAGGAGAAUGAGUUUCUCAGUCUCUGGGUUACCGAUGAGAGUAGACCAUGGCAUGCUAAGAUCUCGAAGCAUGAUAGUAAUGGACAGAUAAUGCUUACUACGGGUUGGAAGCAAUUUGUAAGGGACAACAACCUGAAACUAAAUGAUGUUUGUGUUUUUGAGAAAACUAGAAAUUCCGAAGGACUUUCAUUUAGAGUUAUUAUCUACCGUGCCACGCAAGAAUCAACCAAUAUUCCAUCUCAAGAUGGAGCAAACCAAAGCAACCAAACCAAUGUUAGAAACAGUUUUGCUGAAAGGGGCCAUGAAGGAACUUCAAAAGAAUACUCAAAAAAUUACAAACGUCGCGGACGUGCCAGCAAAUGGACUGAAGAUCAGUUCACUAUCACCUUAAAGCAAAGUCAGCACAUACCUUAUGGCUUUGCCAAAAAAUAUCUACAAAAGGCAAAAGCUUUGACACUGCAGAUUGGGAACAGAAUAUGGGAGAUUAAGCUAGACUAUUAUCCACAUCAUUGCUAUGCCAGAUUAUCUUCGGGAUGGCCCAAAUUUGUUAAGGAUUGUAAUCUUAAGGAAGCAGAUGAAUGCACCUUUCAGCUGAUAGAUAGGGAGAACUUUGUAUUUGAUGUUAGAAUUUUAAAUUGCAUCAACUGAAUUCUAAUUACUAGUCAGUAAUACUUAGUGUACAAAUCUUAUUUCUUUAUUUUCCUUUUUCUUUUAUUUUUUUAAAUUUAUUUUUAUCUUGUAAAUAGACACUGAUCUCUGUUUAAGAAUAAUGAAUUGAA